AUGAGUCCGGUUGCACUGCCCGUCGUUACUGCUCAAUCUGAGGAGCAAGUGCUCCCGGAUUCCACAUCUCCCGAUCUUCAUCUCAAUCACCCCACGGACGAGGAGAAUCUUCGCAUCUGGCAAUUGACCUCGAAUGAGUGGAAGGAUGCUCUUACCAUUCCUCAAUACCUGGAAGAGUCUGCAUAUCUCAUGACAGUUCCUUUGGCUCGCAACAAGGGCAUGACGCAAUGGAUCCUGGUGGAUCGAAAUCGAUAUGCCUCGAGACUGCUCGAGGAGUUGAACAAGACGCUUCCCACCUGGCAGUGUGCGGGAAAGAAAUGCGUGGCCAGUGUACUCUUCUCGGACAUUCAACCCAGAUUCUAUAAAAGCCUGGGAUGGCAUCCAUUUCCAAGCGACCAUAUCGAAUUUGAACCUGCUGUGAUACAGCACGCUGCGUUGCCUGUCUAUGCUGAGGAUGUAUCCAGGCUCUGUGCGGUCGACGUGGCGAUACUCGGACACGAAAUAUCACGUUUUUCAACGAACGAUAUGACCCAGUUGCUCAUUCUCCCAGACCAUGACCAUAUGUUAUGGCAUCACAGCAAGGAGGAGUUUGUGGCGCAGAGGCUCUUUGGUAAAGCACCGCUGGUAAAGGGUGCCAUGAGCGGAGAACCUGGACACUUUGUCUGGGCCAUCUGGACGCACCGUUUCUAUAACCACCCAGACAAUAGCCUCUCCGAAAACACAUUAUAUAUUCUCCGAUUUGUCGUAGAGGACGCAACCCUGAGUCUCGACACCGACGACGAUCUCACCUAUGAACAAGUCACGAGUGUGAGAGAGGUUUUACAAGCUGCUCGGGCAGAAGCGGCGGAAUGGAGUCUGCACAAGAUCAAGCUGUGGAAUCCAUCACACUCUCUGGAAAGAGCAAUACAACUAUCAGGUAUUCCGUUCCAGCGCAAGCGUCGAACCCAAGACAGUAUACCCUGUCUGCAAUGGUAUGGAGAGGGGAGUGGAAAGCCAUGCUCGCUCAAUUGGCUCUUGAAUGAGAAAUACGGCUGGUGCUAG